AUGUUGGACAUAACCAGUCCAAGGAAUGAGGCCUUUGCGGGAAAGUGGACAAGACUUGUCAUCGCUUUUCUAACUAUCCUCUCAAUCUUCACGCUCAGCACAUUCAUCUUUUUCCAGCAAACGUCAUUUACACAUCCUCAAAAGUCUCACCCAGAACAUGCUCAAACGACAAAGCCCACAGCAUCAGACAGUAUCGAGUACAAGGAGGAUAUCCCAUCAAUACCCCAACUUCGCGACACGAAGGAGUACAUCCUGUCUGAAACAUGGGACUUCAACACAUCUCCAACGAUCAGAGAAUAUUUUUGGGCAAUCAAUCAAGCGAUACUGAAUCCAGAUGGCGUCUACAGACCCAUGCUUCUCAUCAACAACCAAUUUCCAGGCCCGUUGGUUGAAUGCAACGAAGGCGACACAAUCAUUGUACACGUCAAGAAUGAUGCCCCCAACGCAACAGCAAUCCAUUUCCAUGGCAUGUUUCAGAACGGAACAAAUAAUAUGGAUGGUACUGUUGGUAUAACACAAUGUCCCAUUGCGCCAAACUCGACAUUCACUUACAAAUUCGACGUCAAAGGGCAGCAUGGAACAUAUUGGUAUCAUGCCCAUCACAGCGCGCAAGCGUCUGAUGGAUUACUUGGACCAAUGGUUGUGCGCUCAAAAAAGGAACAAGAGCUUCAAGUGAUGGAUUAUGCGACUGAUCGAGUUGUCAUGGUGCAGGAUCACUAUCACAACUUGACUUCUGAGCUGCUGAUGGAGUAUCUUGCUCCAGACCAAGAGAACAAUGAACCUGUUCCGGACAAUGGUCUCAUCAACGGACGGGGUGUUCGCGAUUGUUCAGACUUUCAAGGUUGGGAUUGCAAUAGCACCGAUCGCGAGAUGCCCAGCAUCAAUCUGGAACACGGUCAACGACACAGACUUCGUAUCAUCAACGUUGGCGCAUUUGCCGAGUUUCAGAUUCAAUUCGAUGAGCAUCCAUUUUAUGUUACUGAAGUCGAAGGCACGGAUGUACAUCCUGAGUCACUUCAUCGACUCAACAUUCUCCCAGCGCAACGGUACAGCGUCAUCUUGGACACUAAUGUCACCACAGGGUCCGCCUUCUGGAUGAGGGCGCGGAUGGUGACACACUGUUUCAAGAAUGAGAACAGUAGAUUGGAGUCUGAAACAAAGGCAAUCAUCCGAUAUCACAGCCCGGACAAACCGCCUUUAGACGAGAAACCCACCAGCAAAGAAUGGCCGGACGCCAUCGAAGUCAUUUGUCGCGACCUAAACACAAGUAUUCUCCGACCUGUCGAAGUUAUCUCACCACCUCCAGCAGACAAAGUCAUCAUUCUUAGGGCAAAUUUCGAAAUUGGUGACUGGCGCUUGGCGAGGGGUUUCUUCAACGAGUCAACGUGGCAUCCAAACAUCACCAGUCCAUCGCUACAUCGUUUCCUGGAUUCUGGUAUUCAAAGCACAUCUAAAAAGACACCAAUCACAAUUAACGAGCAGGUAUUUGAUCGUGACAAGGAGUUUGUUCUGGAAACAACUGGCAUUCGAACAAUAGACAUCUCCAUCAACAAUUUCGAUGAUGGCGCCCAUCCCUUCCAUCUUCACGGUCACAAAUUCUUCGUUCUCUUACAAGGAAGAGAUGGCUACCCACCCAAUCCUGCUGAGCUCCCAGAGUAUCUCAAAAAGCAUAACCUUUUGGACAACCCUCUCCGACGAGAUGUAGUCACCGUAGAGGGAUAUGCUUGGGCUGUCAUUCGGGUUGUGCUUGAUAACCCUGGUCUUUGGGCCUUUCAUUGUCAUAAUACCUGGCAUGCUGAGUCUGGGAUGGUUAUGCAGAUGUUAGUACGGCCUGAGGUCAUGAAAGAGUGGAAGCUUAGUUCUGCAGAAAGGGAAAUGUGUUUGAGAGAAAGUGUCAUGUCCGGAAUGAGGCCUGAUGAUAGUUUGUGGUUCGGACAAUUUAAGCAAUAG